AUGGCCGACUCCAAGAAACCCGCCGUCCUGAUUGUCGGUGGCCUCGGCUUUAUUGGUCGUCACCUCGCCCUUCACAUUCACGAAAACAAUCUAGCUUCGGAGGUCCGCAUAGUGGACAAAGUCUUACCUCAAUUGGCAUGGUUGGCUCCUGAAUUCGAAGAAGCAUGCUCCAAGGAUAAAUUUGUCCAGGCGGACGCCAGCCGGGAACAACACCUUCCUCGAAUCUUCGACCGCGCCAAUGGCGAACAAUUCGACUUUGUCUUCAACUGCGGGGGUGAGACUCGCCAUUCCCAGCCCGACGACGUAUACGAAGCCCGCAGCUGCCAACUCAGCGUGUCUCUCGGUCAUGAAUGCGCGAAGCGUGGAAUCCCCGCCUUUGUCGAAUGUUCAACGGCGCACGUCUACAAAAGCGGAUCAUCGCCGCGAAAGGAAGCCGAUAAGAUGCAGCCAUGGCACAAGUUGGCCAAGUGGAAGCUCAAGGCAGGCGACGAAUUGUUGAAGAUUCCCGGAUUACAAUACUGUGCGCUCCGUUUGCCGCAUGUCUACGGCGCUUAUAAUACCGGAUACUUCGCAAUGGCCAUCUGUCUGGCCCGAGUCCACAAGGAGAUGGAACAGGAUCUCCAGUUCCUGUACACGAAGGACGUCAAGGUCAACACCCUGCACGUCAAGGAUGCGGCCACCGCUCUGUGGGCGGCUGCGGAGUGGCGCUCCAAACAGGGGAAAUUCGACCGUAGCGGCGGAUCACUGCCGUCUCUCUUCAAGGACCCCAAUAUGCCAAUUUGUUUCAAUGUUGUCGAUCACAAUGACACCUCUCAGAAGCACAUUGCCAGCGCUAUGGCCGAGGUCUUUGACCUCAAGGUCUCCUUCCUCGGUUCCCUCGCUUCGCAACUGGCAAAACUGAAUCUCGAUGAUGUGGUAGACGACAUGAACGAGGUCAGUCUCCAAGAAUGGGCCGACUUGGUAGCAAAGAGCAAGAUUGAGCGGCCGGGACCUAUCGGUCCCUUCCUGGAACUCGAUGUGUUGAAGGAUCAAGACAUGUCUAUCGACGGCUCUUUAUUCGAGUCGACGGUGAACUGGAAGCCAAAGUACGAACAGUUUGGAACAGAUAGUGUUCGCGAGAUGGUUGAGAGUUACAAACGGAUGGGAUGGUGGCCUUGA